AUGGGGUCCCAAAUGAGAGGGAAGUGGAAUCCCCGCGUGUGGACGUGCAAGGGGUCACGUGUGCAGUGGAUAGUGUGCCUGGAUGUAGGUCUGGACUACUUCUGGGAUCCAGUCACAAAGAGGAAGAGGAAGAUGCAGAAAGGAAACAGUGUCCUUCAGUGUCGGGUGCUAUUGUACCUCCUACUUUUAGAAAAUGGAAUAACCUCCAGUGAUAAUAAUAGUACCACCAGCUCUGGAUUCACUAUAAUUGACUCUGGGAAAUGGACUGGAACCUUCCCUAAUUCCCAUGCUGGAGCUGAUGUCACCUCUGAGGGAGCUGGCACCCCCAGUACUACACCUAUCACAAGCUCAGGGGCCACCAGCACCCACAAUACCAUAUCCACCGUGAGCUCUGGGGGACCUAGCACCUCCAAUGUUACAUCCGCUGUGAGCUCCAGGGAAACUGACAUCCCUCAUGCUGUAUCCACCGUGAACUCUGAGGGAGGUGGUACCGCCAAUACCAUGAGCUCUUGGGCACCUGGCACACUUGCCAACAGUCUGUCCAGUACGAGCUCCAAGGGGACCAACACAACCUCCAACCCUGCAUCUAUCUUAGCCUCUAGCAAGCCUACCAUGACCUCCAACUCCACCUCCAGAUUGCCCUCCAGCAGGGACAACAGCACCUCUACAGCAGCCACUGUCUCUAGUAGGGCCAGCACAACUGGAUCUGGUAAGACUUCCCUUACAGACAGCAGAGUCUCCAGGCCUGUAUCCACCUUGACCCAUAUGACUUCCGGUGGCGCUGACAGGACUGCCAACACCGUACCCAGUGUAACAUCUGCCGGGCACAGCACAGCCUCGAACACUGGACUGAGUGUCACCUCCAGCAGCUGGAGCACACAAGGAACACAUGCUGCUUCUGGUGGAGUUAGCACACGUGAUGGCACUCCAGAGAAUGGGGUGAAGCCCAGUGGGUCCCUAAGGCCGUGGGAAAUCUUCCUCAUCACCCUGGUCUCUGUCGUAGUGGUUAUGGGGCUCUUUGCAGGGUUCUUCUUUCUCCUGAGAAACCGCCUGUUCUUGAGAAACACCUCGGGCACCGCUGUCUACUGUCCCCGUGGCCCAGGCCUCGGUCUGGGGGGAAGUCACAGGGACCCCCCCAGGCCUGCGUGGAGCCCCGGCUGGGUCUGGAGGAGACCUGUAACCUCAGUGGCCACAGAGAUGAGCAGGAGAUAGAACUGUCCCCUGAGUAGUGUUACAUUCUUCAGGAAGGAA